AUGGUUCGCUACUACAAUCACCCAAUUAAGUCCGGUACACAUUUCUACCGCGUAAACUCCCCUUUCGUCUCCUUGAAGAUCUAUUCAUAUUCCGGCACAAAUUGCAUGUACAUGUCCGACGUAUGGGGCACCGCUUGUUCAACUAGCAGCUGCGUUUGGCACGCCCUUUGCAAUGAGAUAAAAAAAGGCAGCUGCUUCGCCGACUGUCGAGCUAGCGGUGAUAAGUCUGCCAAUAUGGGUGUGCUCUGUCAGAUAUUUGAUUAUAUGUGGGCGGAGUUCGCUCAUGAUAUCACCAGUUUACGGUCCGAAACGGUGAUGCCGCCGAAGUGUUUGGCGAACGGAUCUAUGGUUAUUGUUAUACGCGGCGCGCGGAGGGCCGGCAAUGUCAGUAAUAGGAUGUUCCUCCGUCGAUUCAGGACUCUGGCAAUCCGGAUUUACGGGAUCUGUGGAAUGAAGCCGUCAGAUUAGACUGUUUAUAUGCAUGGAUUUGAUAACGGAGGAAGGGUUUAACAGGAGGGAUGUAUCCUUCAUUCAUUUUGAACCCCGAGCAAUUUCGAUAUCUACUGACGACACAAAGAAAAAGCCGGAAAAUGGAUAAAUAUAGAACGAAAGUAUGA